GUGGCUGACAUCAACAGCGGGCAUUGGGACACGGUGCUGCAGGCCAUACAGUCGCUGAAGCUGCCCGACAAGACCCUCAUUGAUCUCUAUGAGCAGGUUGUGCUGGAGUUGAUUGAGCUCCGAGAACUGGGUGCUGCUAGAUCUCUACUGAGGCAAACAGAUCCCAUGAUCAUGCUAAAACAAACUCAGCCAGAGCGAUACAUCCACCUUGAAAACCUUCUGGCCAGGUCUUACUUUGAUCCUCGUGAGGCAUACCCAGACGGAAGUAGCAAAGAGAAGCGGAGAGCUGCUAUUGCACAGGCUUUAGCUGGAGAAGUCAGCGUGGUACCUCCGUCUCGUCUUAUGGCAUUGUUGGGGCAGGCACUGAAAUGGCAGCAACAUCAGGGCCUGCUUCCUCCUGGCAUGACCAUUGACUUGUUCAGAGGCAAAGCAGCUGUGAAGGAUGUGGAAGAAGAAAAGUUCCCCACACAGCUGAGCAGACAUAUUAAGUUUGGGCAGAAAUCGCAUGUGGAGUGUGCGCGGUUUUCCCCGGAUGGGCAGUAUCUGGUUACUGGCUCUGUCGAUGGUUUUAUUGAAGUGUGGAACUUCACUACUGGGAAGAUCAGGAAGGAUCUGAAGUACCAGGCGCAAGAUAAUUUUAUGAUGAUGGAUGAUGCAGUGCUGUGCAUGUGCUUCAGCAGAGAUACAGAAAUGCUAGCGACUGGGGCACAAGAUGGAAAGAUCAAGGUGUGGAAAAUCCAGAGUGGUCAGUGUCUGAGAAGAUUUGAGCGAGCACACAGUAAAGGUGUUACAUGCCUGAGUUUCUCUAAAGACAGCAGCCAAAUUCUUAGUGCUUCUUUUGAUCAGACAAUCAGGAUUCAUGGUUUAAAAUCUGGGAAAACUUUAAAGGAAUUCCGUGGGCAUUCUUCCUUUGUCAAUGAAGCUACUUUUACCCAGGACGGCCACUAUAUUAUCAGUGCAUCUUCUGAUGGCACAGUGAAGGUUUGGAAUGUGAAGACAACAGAGUGCUCAAACACCUUCAAAUCUCUUGGCAGCACUGCUGGGACGGACAUUACUGUGAACAGUGUCAUUCUGCUGCCUAAAAACCCUGAACACUUUGUUGUUUGCAACAGAUCGAAUACAGUCGUCAUUAUGAAUAUGCAGGGACAAAUUGUAAGAAGCUUUAGCUCUGGUAAGAGAGAAGGUGGUGACUUUGUCUGCUGUGCGCUUUCACCUCGUGGUGAAUGGAUCUACUGUGUUGGUGAAGACUUUGUGCUCUACUGCUUUAGCACAGUGACUGGCAAGCUGGAGAGAACUCUGACUGUUCAUGAAAAAGAUGUCAUUGGUAUCGCUCAUCAUCCCCAUCAGAACCUGAUUGCCACAUACAGCGAGGAUGGUCUCCUCAAGCUCUGGAAGCCAUAGCUUGACUUUACAACGAGCUCUGGAGUGUUGCUGUCAGUCGCAGGUUAUUGGUGUUUGUGCUUUAACGAGGUCAGAAUGCACGGAGUGUGAUAUCUGUUCAAUUUUCAGUUUAGGUUUCCAGAGAAACCUGACUUCUUGGUCUAAAGUUAGAUAGAUGGAUGCUUAAAUAUACCAUCAGUUAAUUCCAAAUACUUUUGUUUCUAGCAGA